AUGGAUCAGGUCAUUACUUGCGGAGUUUUUGAUCCAUCUAUGAACCUUUCCUACACUGUUUCUUUCGUUUAUGCGAGAAACUGUAUGGUAGCUAGACGCGAGCUUUGGUCUGACUUGGAAGAGAUUUAUCAGUAUGGUGCUCAGCGAAACCACCCUUGGUUGAUUCUUGGUGACUUUAACCAGAUACUUAGAGCACAGGAUCAUUAUUCUCUCCAUCCUUAUCCUCUACCCUUGGUUGGAAUGGCAGAAUUCCAAGAAUGCAUAGAGAGCUGCGACCUUCUGGAGUUGGCUGGAUCAGGUACAAAUCAUACUUGGUACAACAACCAAGAGGACAAUCCCAUAACUAGGAAGCUGGAUAGGUGUCUUAUAAAUGAAGCUUGGUUAAAUUUGUAUCCCCACUCCAAUGUAUUUUACGAUGCUCCUUGUGGUUCUGAUCAUUCUCCUAUGUUGGUCUCUCAUUCGAACGAUAGGCAGAGGAGGAAAGUACCUUUAAAGUUCUACAACUUAUUCACAAGUCACCCGGAUUAUCCUUCUCUUAUUCAGAACGCAUGGAAUGGUCAAGAUGAUAUUGGUUCCGCAAUGUCUAGGCUCUGUUAG